AUGUCAAACUUCCGCCAACAAAGCCAAAUCCGAGCCUCGUGGCCGGUGUGGUUGCGCUUCGUCACACUGCUCGUUACAAUCAUCGCUUUUGGCCUUCAGAUCAAGGUGGCUGUCGAUUCUGGCCGUGACAAUUACUCUGAAGUUUGGUACUCACCGGAAUCAUUUGCAUUCCUUGGUUUGUCAUUCAUAUGGAACAUUGCCGACCUGGCCACUCGCUUCAGCCGCCAACAUGGCGUCCAUCCUGGAGCACAUGUCGGCCUCGACCUCAUUAUUUGGAUUGGUCUCUUUUCCUCAGCGGUCAUCCAGCUGCUGAUUAACGCUUGGUACAGCUAUGCCGUAGCAGCUGGGACGCUCAAGAUUGUUUGCUGCAUCCUUCAUAUUAUCCUCUUCGUCUGGGCCUGCGUAGCCUGUCAUCAAUGGCGCAACGCUACCAAAGCUGCAAUCCCAGCCUGA